AAUCACUUUGUAGCUGAGCGCUAAAGAACAUUCUUCCAAAAAAAAAACAAGAAAAAGAAAUCAAUAAUUGCUAAUCCACAUGACUAUUGAUUCGAUUCCAGACCAUGCAAACUUCCUGCAUGUCAUGAUACAGAUGAAGAAGCAACCUGACCAAGAAGUUAGGCAUCUGAGAGCGAAAAAAAAAAAACUGAUAUAUAAACUAAAAUUCCUCUUCCUUCACACACCCAUUUAAGAAAGGUACUUUUACAGCAAGAUAUUCUUGUGUGUCAUCUCUUUGAAAUUUCAUGCAUGGAUUAUUUAAGAUUGCUAUUCCCACUGCCAUCGUUAGGACAGCUUAGUUCCAACCUAUUUUGAAGCUUUUCUCUGCAGCACAGUAAAAGUACUAGAUGCAAGGACUAGUCAGAGCAAUACGAUCUUACCAAGAAACAUUCAGGGCUGCAAUUCUGCAGCAGCAUGGGAAUGGAGGAGCAGCAUUCGAAGUGGAGAAAUUCCUUUCGCGUUUUGGAGGCGUCACCUCCUCCUCUAGAUCUUCACCCGUGCAGCUGAAGGGGCUGGAGAAUGUGACGGUGGCAGAGGUGCUGAUGACAAAGGGAGGAGAAAAAGUUGGUUCCUGGCUGUGGUGCCACACUGAUGAUGCUGUCAUUCAUGCUGUAAAAAAGAUGGCUGCAAAUAAUAUUGGGUCGCUAGUUGUCCUAAAACCAGUGGUGCAACAUCUUGCAGGACUCGUCACCGAAAGAGACUACACGAUGAAAAUAAUCGGGCAAGGAAGAUCACCGACGCUUACAAGAGUUGGGGAAAUUAUGACUGAUAAGGACAAACUGAUAACGGUGACAUCUGAUACCAACAUUCUUAAAGCAAUGCAGCUCAUGACAGAGAAUCGGAUACGACAUGUUCCAGUGAUGGAUGGGAAGAUAGUUGGAAUGAUCUCCAUUGUAGAUGUUGUAAGAGCAGUAGUGGAGCAGCAAAGUGGAGAACUGAAGCGAUUGAACGAAUUCAUUAGAGGUGACUACUAUUAGAACCUAAACGACACCUACAUGCAGAAGGAUUUUAGAUUUUGGAUAUGGAGCAAUAUUUAAACUGUUACAAAUACAAAGAGAUUAUAAUAAAAUAAAUUUAUAAAUUGAUGUAGUUUCAUAUGAUCCGUUACAUCUCCUUUACGAUAAAAGUAACUUUACAAUCAAGCCACGUAAUUUUGUGAGUUUACUUUUGUGUAAUUUCUCGUAUUAAAGUAUUUCUUUUUACAGAAACCGUGAAAUCCCAAAAGGAAAAUAUCAGUUUCCAAAAUCAAUAUUCUUGUAUGCGACAUGCUGAAUAAACAAAAAGUAUGUUAAAUGUCUACCUUUGUCAGUUAAUAGAAUGUUUGGGUGUUUUGUUGUCCAGAGAGAGAGAGAGAGAGAGAGAGAGGACAUCAAGAUCUUUCACACAACUUGGAAUGGGACCAUGUCAAGAUCUUCCACUCUACUUGGUCCUUUAUGGAUUGAAAAUGAAUUUCUGAAUCUGCAUAUUAACUACCAAAAAGCAAACAUACUAGAGAUCGCACACAAUACACAAUGUAUAUCUUGCUCAGUCGAACUGCAAAGCACACAAUUACCAAAGUAACCUUUUCGUUACACUGUACAAGGAAAUUGAAACAACACUACAAGGUCAACACUUUGCUCAUCACAACUGCAACUUGGACUUUACAUUUCCUGUAUAAUUUUAUAUACCAUUACGGAUCAGAUCAAGGAUUCCUCAAGUUCGAGCAAGAACUUGAAAACUUCAAGUAGGAGA